GUGACGGCCAAGAUGUAUAUGUUGAUGCAUAAUUCCGGCCGCGGCUCCGAUGCAGUGGAAGCGCCCCCAUUUGUAUCUAGCGUUGGGAGCGCAUCGCAAUACAGUUGGGAAUCCGCUAGUGCUAGUGUAGAAUCUAUAGACAGCGUUCAUGAAAAUCGUGACAGUUACGAUCACGCAAACAGAAUGAGUUCGAGUUCAAAUUCAGUGCCUGUAAAUACACCAGAGACUUUGGCGAGUGUGAAUGCAGCACAAAGUCUACUGGAUUUGUCGGCGAGCCUACAUGAAUUUCAACAUAUUAGAGACCACAUUCAAGAUCAUGAUGUUGAAAGUGAAUGUAAUUCGUACCAAGGUAGGCCCUACAUCCACUCACCUGUGCAAUAUGGAGGACAAGUAUUUAUAUUCCCCCCUAAUGCACAAAUAGAAGAUGAUGGUACGCAUAUCAGCGCGACUCGUAAAUUCAAAACAGACGUCAGGCGGCCGAAUAGUGGGCCUUAUUACAGCAAGAGCUCGCACUUUGAUAGACGCUCGUUUAAUUCUCACUAUCCUGUGAACGAACAUAAUGAAGGCCAGCUGCAAAGGCCGAUGACAACAGAUGGGUCUAAAUCACAUAACACGAUAUCCCAUCACAGUACAAGCUUGGGAGAUGAGAAAAUACCAGUUGCCUGUGAGUCGCCUGUGCCGCAGGGGCAAAAUCACACGAGGGCAAUAUCUCGAGCACAAUCAAAUCGUCUAUACAUUUGUGAUUGGCAUGGAUGUACUCAGUCAUGCACAAGUGCAGAUAGCUUAGAGAAACACUAUUAUUCGCACACUCGUAUAAAACCCUUCCUGUGUGCACAGGUUGGAUGCACUGGCGCGUUUGCCUCGAUACAGCUUUUGGCAUAUCACUCGGAAACCAAUAACCAUGAAAUGAUAGUGUCUCGGAACAAGCAGAGGAUAAAUCAGGACGCCUUGAGAAUGAGACGGAGUCAGUACACGCCCGGGGAUCUGGAUUGCACCUGGAGCGGGUGUGGGGAAUCGUUUGACUCCGCUAGAAGCCUUUCACAGCACCACCAAAGUCACUUACGAGAGUCUUUAUUCCAGAGCGUAUGUACCUGGGAAGACUGUUCGCGAGUGUUUUCGCACAACUACGAGUUGACCGAACACUAUAGCAAGCAUUUGGAAGAAAGCGAAUUGGAGUAUGAGAAAGAGGAAGCCAACCAAUUCCAGCCGGACCAGGCAUGAAUGAAAGUUGCAGCACACAAUAAUACACAAGAUACAGCACUCGCACAGGGUUGGGUCAUGAUACAUUUGAUGCAAAAUUGUCAAUCUUACAGGCUUAUACGUGCCAGGCAAGCCACAGUGCUUGAGAAAUCAACUACCACAAACCAAAGAUAUCAGGCGAAGAUUGUGUAAGUGGGAUUUAUUGGAAACGCAGACUUGAUACGAAUCGAAUCGCGCUAACAAAGAUAAUCUAAGAAUAUCGCGAAACGACACAUCCAAUAAAAAUACUGACGUAUGUACCGCAACUGUGGUAGCUGUGAA